AUGCAAUCGGUCUCGGACCCCGAGGCGACGCAGCAGCACUGGGCGGGCGCAGAGCUGCUGGUGUGUGCUGUGAUCCAGCUACUGCUAGUGAAUGUCGCCUACCGCAUUGACUGCAUGCGUGAGGCGCCGCUGCUGUCGACGUCGUCGUGGGCCAUUUUCUGCGGCCUCGUGAGUGGCGCGCUGCUCGCGCUUGUGUCGAAGAAGCGCGUGUACGACGCUGGACUGGACCCGCAGAUUCUCUUUUUAGGCCUCGUGCCACCCAUUAUCCUCGAUGCAGGGUUUAACACCCAGCGAAAAGGGUUUUUCAGCAAUUUCUCGGCGAUUUUGCUGCUGGCGAUCGUCGGCACGUUAGUCGCAACGUUUGCCACUGGUGGGAUCCUCAUCUGGCUGGGCCACAUGGACAUUAUCACGCAAUUGACGUCCGCCGAAGCGUUUCUGUAUGGAUCGCUGAUCUCGGCCAUUGAUCCCGUUGCGACGCUCGUUGUGUUUCGGAAGUGUCGAGCGCCCUCGAUGCUGUUCAACCUCGUGUUUGGCGAGAGUGUGCUGAAUGAUGCAGUAGCAAUUGUGGUCUUUACGCUGUUCCAGAAUCUCAUCAACGGUGGCAAUUCGGACGUGACUACUCAAGUAGCUGUGGGCAUGGUGUCUAGUUUGAUGGGCAUUAUUGUGGGCUCGGUCGCUCUAUCUGGCGUCAUUUGCUACUCGUCCGCCUACUUCUUGCGGCACUCGGAUCCAGCACUGCGUCAGUACCCAAUGUACGAGAUGUCCAUCAUCUUGCUCAGCUGCUACGCGAGUUAUUUGGCAGCUGAUGUUUUCAAGCUCAGUGGACUACUGGCCGUGUUCUUUAGUGGCGUGUUUAUUCGGCACUAUCACAUGUACAACAUCUCGGAAACCAGUGCGUUUGCGUUCAGGCAAUUGCUCUCGACGAUGGCGUUUCUGGCUGAAAACUUCAUCUACUUGUACCUCGGGUUGAGCGUCUUUGCGUACCAAGAUUCACUAGUUUGGGACUGGGGGUUCAUUCUUGCCACCUUUGGUGUCUGCCUUGUAGCAAGAGCGUUCAACACGUUCCCGCUAUGCUUCUUGGCCAACUGCAAACGCACGAAGCAACAGAAGAUUCCGUUCAAGUACAUGGUCGUGAUUUGGUUUUCGGGGCUGCGUGGUGCCAUCGCCUUUGCUCUGGUGCUCAACGUGUCGACUGGCAAUCCCGUGCACGCGGCAAUUCUCAAGAGCUCGACGCUUUUCCUGGCGCUGUUUACAACGGUCUUUUUCGGUAUGGCGACGGGUCCACUACUUCGCGUUCUGAAGCUCACGGGCGAUCUGGAGCAGGAUAUGUCUACCAAAGAGGACGUCGACGUCGUCGAUGCUUCUGCUGAGAAUGAAGCGCUCGUGAGCGCACCACUGUAUCCGCCAGACUCGUGGAGUGUGCACAGUAGAUGGAUUGAGCUCGACGAGAAGUACCUGAAGCCCAUCUUUGGUGGGAAACCUCGUUGUACAAGAAAGGAUGCCGACCAAGCGACGUAUGCGUCGAUCGAGAAUGAGAGCUAA